GCCGGGCGGCGAAAGGAGGACCCCCCUACCCCCAGUCCGGCUUAGAUCUGCUUGUAGCGUAGCGGCUUCGGGGGGGGGGGGGUGUCUAAGAAAGAUUCAAGACCUCAGUGAGGCCCAGGCAGGGGCACCCACCUUUCUGCCCCCUCCCUGCACAGCCUGGGCAGCUUGAUCAGCUGCCGCACAGGCCCUGCGGGGGAUGCCGGCCUCACGGGUGGAAGAGGAGCACAGCAGGAUCAAGGAGGCUCUGCAGAUGGAUCUCUUGGCCGCCGAUCUCAAGUGCAGCUUCUUCGUCUCCGCUCUGCAGAACUACAAGCGGGAUUCUGCCCUCCGGCCCUUCCCGAGCUUCUACUUCACGGAGGAGACCAAGGACUUUGAGGCUUUACUUGCCGACACCAAUUCAUUGGUGAGCUUGAGAGAGCUCCUCCCGCACGCCCAGAACACACCCCAAAGAACCUGGGAGCUACUGGACUGGAUCCUGUCUUCACGGGCCUUGACUAUACACAGCAUGAACAAGAACCAGGUAAGAGUGAAUGUUGCAAUGCAGUUUAUCCAAUAAGAACAUAAGAACAAGCCAGCUGGAUCAGACCAGAGUCUAUCUAGUCCAGCUCUCUGCUACUCGCAGUG